CGGAAACUACAGCAAAUCCCUCCGAUUCGAUCCCCAACACAAGCCAAGCCAUGCGAGCAUCUCAGCACCACGCGCCGCCGCAGCCACUGCCGCUACCGCCGCCUCCGCUAUCUCUCCCGUCGCCGCCCCGCGCACCUCGCCGCGGUCGCCACCGCAGCUGCCCCUCCUCCUCCUCCUCCUCCUCCACGUCCUCUUCCUCCAUCUCCAGCGCGUCGUCGACCUUCUUCUGCACGUCGCCGUCGCCGGCACCGUCCCCGCGCGCAAGCACCACCACCACCUCGCUGGUUCCAUUCUCAUGGGAGCGCCACCCGGGCGUGCCCAAGAACUCGUUCCGAAGCGGGUUCAGCUCCCCGACCGGCACCCCGCUCCCGCUCCCUCCGCCGCUGCUCCGCCCGGCCCCUCGACGCCGGCGCCGGCGCCACCAGCGCGCCAAGGCCGGAGCCCCGGCCGCGUCGUCAUCCUCCGACGCCAGGGACGACCCUUUCGUCGCCGCCUUCGCUGAGUGCACCAGGGACGACGACGACGACGACUAUGCCGCCGCGGACGACGAUGGCAACAACGACCACGGCGACAAUAAACACUGGCCGCGGGUGCCGGCGAAGCCAGCAAGAGUGUCAUCCGGCCGGUGGUGGAUCGCCGGUGGCGGCGGCGGCGGGCUCGUGGCCUUCCUCGACAUGCACGGGUGCAAGUGCAAGAGCGCCAUGGAUGUCGUCGCUGACGGCGCCUUCCACCCCCGCCGGCUCGUCGCUGCUGCAGAUCCCAGCAGACCGCCGCCGGUCGUCCGGGGAACCCCAAGAUAGGUAACAGAGGUGUCGAUCUGAAUCUGAUCAAACAACCUUGUUAUAUAAUUCUAGUAUCAAGGUGUAGAUAUAAUAUAUAUGUAUGAUGUGGAAUUAAAGGAUUGGGUAAUGCUCUUCGAUCUCUGCUGAUGGAGGAAUCGAAUCGGAUCACCUCCUCCAUCGUCUCCACAGUAUUAAUUGGCUCCGUUGACGAUCUUGCUUUGUCGUUGCUUCUUGGGAACACUGAAAAAAAAUAUGAUCAGACGCCAGAAGCUAUAUAUGUGUAAGAUUAGUGUGUUUCUCGUUCUCUAAUUUGAGCAUUGUGCUUGAUGAAUGAUCAACCUACUUGAAUGAUAUGAUGAUGUGCUAGUAAAAGUUUGGUCAUCAUCUUCAGAUCGAGCAUUUUGAUCUUGGGUUUGUUAAUUUGAUAUUAUAUACAUA